AUCAGAUCUGGAAUCCAAACCCCAAGAGGAGGCCAUGAAAGGAAGAGAAGGAGGCAGAGGGUCGGGAUCUGCAUACUCUGCAGAUUUGCUGGUAUGUUUCCCGUCACGAGCCCACCUGGCGUUGGCCCCGAAACCCAUCUGCAGCCCGGCUCGGUCGUCUGUCUCCAAGAGCCGCCGCCACGUCAGCAAGCUCAACCCCGGCGCAAGUCCUAUGCUUUGGUCGAAACAGAGCUCCACGCUGAUGGGCUCCCCAUCCUCCGCCGGAGAGAUCGCUGAGCCCACAUCUCCCAAGGUGACUUGCGCCGGUCAGAUAAAGGUGCGGCCGAGCAAACGCCCCGCCGGGGAAGGCGCGUGCAAGAACUGGCAGUCUGUGAUGGAAGAGAUCGAGAGGAUACACAACAGCAGAUCUCAGAGCAGAUUCCUCGGCUUCAAAAAAGACGUGAUGGGUUUCUUGACGUGCCUCAGAAACAUUCGGUUCGAUUUCCGGUGUUUCGGAUCGUUUCCUAGGAACGAUGUAACCACCGACGACGAAGAGGAUGACGAAGAAGAAGAAGAAGAGGAAGAGGACGAGGGUUCAAGGACUGUGUUCUCGAAAUGGUUCAUGGUUUUACAGGAGAAUCAGACAGACGGUGUCGACGCAAAACGCGAACGCAAACGCGGAUCCUGCGAUUUCCGCAACAUCGGCAACGACAAAUAAGAAGCGGAACCGGCGGUCCCGCCGCCAAACGCGCUGCUUCUGAUGAGAUGCAGGUCGGCUCCGGCGAAAAGCUGGUUAGAAGAACAGAGAAACGAGAAAGAGAAAGAGCAGAAGAAGGAACAAGAAGUGGAAAGUACACUAAAAAGUACAGGAGGAGGAGAUGAAGAGGAUCAAGAGAAGAAGAAGAAGAAGAAGGAUCUGAGGUCGUUAAUGGAGGAAGAGAAGAUGAACUUGGUGGUGAUGAGAUACGACACAGAAUUCUACAGACUAUCUGCAGACAUCGCAAAGGAAACUUGGGUUGUCGGAGGAAUUAAAGAUGCCUUGUCCAAAAGCCGAAGCUGGAAGAAAUUAUGAGCAUCGAUCCUUCAUCGUCUUCUUCAUCAAACAAUCUUUUUUCUUUUUUUUUUCUUUCACAAGUGUUUUUUUAUAUAUAAUAUGUGUAUUAUUAAGUAUCUAUCUAUCUCUGGGGUUAUAUGUUCUGAAGGUUUUGUUCCCACUCUCCGUUUCGCGUGUUUGAUGAUCUUCACAAUGUGUACAGAAACUUGCUCAAUGGAUAAAUAUUUGAUUUUAUGUGUUC